UCCAAUCACAAUAGUCGGCAAACAGCGAAGAAUCUUGUUUCGUGAUUAUCGUUGCGAGCGUCAAAUAAAACCUACCGAAAUCGUAAAUGUGCAAACGUAUACACCAAUCAGAUAAAAAUCGUAGUUAGCGCUCGUCAAGUGAUUUGUGGUCCAAACGGAAAGGUUGUCACAUCGAUUAUUUUGCGCACGGACAGCCUUGGUGCGGUCCGUACGGUCGUUCGAGAACCGUAGAGUAGAUGGCUCAGGCGUUCGCGUUUCACAGUUUGAUAAUAUUGCGGCGUAGAGGUUUACACGGCAGGUUUUUGGAAAUAAAUUUUUCUAAAAUCUGAAUUCUGACUGAUCCUGAUAGUUUCUAUUGGAAAAGAAGAAAAAGAAGAUUAUAAGAUUUCCAAAGUUGUCGUUUAUUGCUCGUUCACCACUGAUUGGCGUGAAAAUUUAUGUUCCAGCUUAUUCAUUGAGUGCGCGCUUAUUAAGCAGACUGCUGCAAGUCGUGCCGCCGCAAGUCAAUGUGAAAACGUGAACUUUUGGAUAUAUAUUUUGGAAAAAGAAAAAGCGUGCGCACAAAAACUGUUUAAAUGAGGAAAUUAGAUUGUCAGGAGACGGAGAGUCCCGAAGCGUUACAAGCUCAGUUGGAUGCUGCUCGCGAUGGCCUUCGUAAUCUCGAUCGCAAUAUCCGAAAGAUGUUGGGCCGGGACGUCUCCGAUGGAGAGGGUGUUCCGCUGCAACCACCUAGACUAUCUCAGAAACGACCUUUACUAGAAGAUCGCAGAAGACCUACAACAGACUUUGUAAAUAAUGAAAUACCUGGAGGUAAAAGACGUUGGCAAAGUUCUAAUACAGAACCAAAAACUGUUUUUAGUCGAUUAAGUGCACGUGUUCCAUCUACUGCUGAUGAUAGCGCUGAUGAAGAUGAUAGUGUUGUUAAGCCUGCUGUAUCGUCUAGAGUUAUAGCCACUCCUCGCGAAAUUCCCUCACGUCAAGAAGUCAUAAGGCGAGAAAGAACAGAUGAGCGUAGUCGACAAAGAAAUAAACGUAUGUUUGGUGCACUCUUGGGUACUUUGCAGAAGUUUAGACAAGAAGAAACUAAACUUAAGGCCAAAGAAGACAAAAAGGCAGAAGUGGAAGCCAGAGUGGAAGAAGCUAGAAGACGAGAAAAAGAGGAGCUACGUAAGGAAAGGCAACAAUUAUUUUUAUCGCGUAAACGUCAAUUGACUAUGGUGCAAAUGUUGGAAGCAAAGCUUGCGCGUAGUCGACAGUUUCAAGAUUGGCGCGGUGCACAGCUACCACUCGCUUCGUUUAUAAAAACACGAGCGCAACCCGCUAUCUAUUACCUACCAAAACGCAAACAUCCGCAAACGGAUGCCUGGUUAGCGCAAUCUGCAAAGGAACUUUAUGACGAGAUCGAAAAGAGAGAGAAAGAAUUGGACAAGGAACUAAAGUUAAUAGAGGCUCAGAUUGGUUUGGGCAAACUUUCGCAAAACUUUGAAGUAUCCGGUCCUUUGCACACAGCAGAGGCUGUUCCACGUUCGAUAGAGGAGGGUGAAGAAAAUCAAGACCCUAAUCCGGAGAAUAAUACUGAAUCCGCAGUCAAUGACGACACGGAUGUUCCAAUGCAGCCCAUGAAGAAGGAAAAUUUUGAUGAUGAUCAUAAAACAGAAGAGACGGAAGACGUUAAGUUCCAUCAAGUUCAGUCAGAUGAAAAUAAUGGCUAGUAUUUGCUACGAUGAAGAGACAUUUGUACAUAUUAUGUACAUUUGUAUGGUCCAAUAUAAAAAAAAAAAAAUUAUAAUAUUUCUUUCAUAAGUUUCUCUCAAAGUUUGUUUUAUAACUACAUAAUUUAAUUGUAGCAGCAAGCGUAGCUAUCGUGUAAAAUUUCGAAAUUGAUUCCGAUCGAAGUUGCGUUCUCAGUCUUUGUUGACACCAGAGAGGUAACAGUCAAAAAAAAACUAAAUCUUGUCGGAAUUGCUUCCAAGACAUUUAAACGACAGCCACGCAGAUAAUAAAAACAAAUAUACAUAUAAAUGUUUUUAUCUAUAUAAUUUAUCUUGUUCUGAUAUAUAUUUUGUAAUUCUAUCAGGUAGAGAUAGUGAAAUUUAUUGUCUUAUUAAUUUUAUUGCGAUGUAUAUAUCAAAAUAAAACUAAGGUUUUCGCAAAACUUAUUAUUCA